CUGCAUGUCAUCCUCUCACCACAGUCGUGUUCAUCCCAAAUGCUGCUUUACCCACUCACUAUCCACGCAGAACUACACUUAACAUCUCCACCGUGUCGGACCUUCGUAUUGGCAUCGACUUGCGUGAGCUCCCCAGUGACCGUCAACAUGUUGUGGAUCUGCAUGGGUCUCCUCGCUGCUCUUUUCUCCUGUGCCGUCCCACAGGAGGUUCAGGAGCCAAUCUCUUACUCGUGCACUGAAGGUUACGAGUAUGACAGUGUUAGUGAGCAGUGCAAAGACAUCGACGAGUGCGCCUUGCUAGAUGACGCCUGCAAAGGAGGCAUGCUGUGCAUCAACAACUACGGCGGUUACCUGUGCCUUCCCAAGAGCGCCCACAUCUUCAUCACCAAGGAGGGUGAGGAGGUGCCCCCUCAAGAGCCCACCGCAGCGCCCAGUCAGCCACAGCUCCUUCGGUUGUUCCCCAGGCGGGUCACUCACACCGGUCUGACGACGGUCCGCUGCUCCGCUGGCUUCAUGGCCGACAACCAGAACAUCUGCCGAGACAUAGACGAGUGCGCAACAGGCCGGCACACUUGCGGGCCCGAGCAGACUUGCUUCAACAUGAGGGGCUCGUUCAAUUGCCAGUGUCCUGCGGGCUAUCAGAGGAACAGAGACCAAUGUGUAGACAGAGACGAGUGUGCGCAGUCCAACUACUGCAUGCACACGUGUGUGAACACUCAGGGCUCGUACUACUGCGAGUGCAAUGCAGGUCACCAGUUGGCCACCAACAACCACAGCUGUAUUGAUGUCAACGAAUGCGACACGCAGAAUCCAUGUCAGCACCACUGCUACAAUCUGAUUGGCUCCUACAUGUGCCAGUGCAACCAAGGCCACGAGCUGGCCCCGGAUUUGGUCUCCUGCCAAGACAUUGACGAAUGCAACUUCUUCAGCUACAUGUGUCAGUACCAAUGCAUCAACAGUCCGGGAAGUUUCUCGUGUGAGUGCCCAGAAGGAUACCAGCUGCAGGGCAACAGGUUGUGUCAAGACGUGAACGAGUGUGAGACGGGCACACACAACUGCCAAGACGAUGAAAUGUGCUGGAACUACUACGGCGGCUUCCGCUGCUAUCCCAGAAACCCCUGCGAGGCACCUUACACCCAAUCCUCGGAAAACCGCUGCAUCUGCCGCUCUCAGGCCAAGUGCCAGGGCCUGCCGCCAUCCAUCGUCUACAAGUACAUGAGCAUCCAGGCCGAUCGGCCCGUGCCCGCUGACAUCUUCCAGAUUCAAGCCACCAACAUCUACGCCAACACACACAACACCUUCCGGAUCAAAGCCGGUAAUGAGGCGGGUGACUUUUUCCUCCGGCGUUCUAGCAACGCCAGCGCCAUGCUGGUGCUCACCAAGCCCCUGUCGGGCCCCAGGGAGUACGUGGUGGACCUGGAGAUGAUCACGCACCACCUGACCAUGAACUACCACUCCAGCUCCCUGCUGAGGCUCACCGUCAUCGUGGGGGCGUACGCCUUCUGAGCGCCUGCCGCCGUAACGCAGCCAAAGUCUGUCUCCGCCUAGCAUACUGUACAUUUCCCAUACCUUACGUUAUUGGUCAUAAAAUAGGAGAGCUCGCAAUCUGUCGCCACCGCACGACGAUGAAGAAGCCGAGUGGACGCGCAGUGAUGACUUUGUAAUUUCGCAGCACUGUGGCAAGCCAUUUGAGCAUUCAUAUCUGGAUAGGAGAAGUCUACACACCCCUGUUGAACCGCCAGGUUUUGUGAUUUAAAAAAAAAAAAAAGAGAUCAAGACAAAACAUUUCAGAACGUUUUACUCCGUUAGUGUGUCCUAUAAGGUGUACACCUCAACCAAGAGAAGUGCUUCUAAGUUGCCACAAAAAAAGAGUUUUAAAAUACUUAAAAGGACUUAUCUGGAUCGGAUCCAGACUGAGAUAGAUUUGACAUUGUGUUGAAUGCCUGUAUGAACAUAGACAAUUUCGUCCAAAUUGGAUAUAAGGUGACACACCUAUAAACACCUGACCAUGUUAAAUGACAUUAUCUGGUUUGAAUCCAGAUUCAAACAGGUUUGAUAUCCGACAGUAUGUAUUGAGCCUGUUUGAACAAUGCAUGAAUGAAUAUGUAUGAAUAUGCAAUUGUGUUGGCAGUCAUAAACGCCGGUGGGAUUUUGCAAUGUUUUAUUUUGCUUAAAUGCGCAAACAGGAUCAGAUCUAGCUUUAAUUUGAGUUUGCAUACACAGGUUUUUUUUUAAAUCAUAUUAUAACAUAUUUCAUCAAAAAGCUACACAUUCAUGAAACAUCUAUAGAUACAUUAAAUAAUGUAAACCCAGCCGAGGCACAAUUAUAUUACAACGUUUUUAAAUGACAUUUUUCACCACCGUCGUCGUCAUCAUCCUCAUCACAAUCAAGAAGUUGGUGUGCCGUUGUGCUCAUGAGUAACAAUUUCCCAGAAAGCUUCAGGGAGGGUAUCUUGCCAAUGAGUCGCUUGGUUCAGACGCAUUAAGUCAUGUACAUAGCUAGGAGUGCGUGCGUGCGCGUGUGUGUGUGUGUGUGUGUGUGUGUGUGCGUGUGAAAAAAAGCUGCCUCAAAGGGUGUCGUUAAUGUGGCCGAGCUGUUUAUACUUUGCACCGAUGCACUUCCAACGCCAAUAACAGGAAAUGUGGACACAGGCUAGCCAACAGGCCGGCCGGUGGGUCACUCAGCCCCAGUGUUGCUUCACACAUUACAUCGUCGUGGCUCUUUAAUGCAGCACAUAUGGAGGAUGUGUGUGUGUGUGUGUGUAGGUGUGUAUGUUACUCACUUAAAAAAAUGUAUCAUCAUCUACCAUCGUGCCUUAAAGAGACAGGAGCAAAAAAAUUCCCCUAUCACGCUUAGCACUAAUCCAUCUGUUAAUGCUUUCCAUAUAUUGUUUAUAUCAAUAUAUUUUUUUGGGUCUCAUAUUUAAAAUAUAUUUUUUGAAAUACGUAGCUUGUAUCGAAUGUUUGUACCCAGAGGAGCAAAAAUUAUAUUGUGGAAUAAAAUGAUUUACAAGAAA